GUUUUGUUUUGACGGUGCGUCGCGAUGGGGCGAAGCGCCUAGUUCCGUGUCUAUGUUUGCGACGCGCUUCCCGCUUAGCUGAGUGAUUGAACACCGUGGUGUGCGGGCACAUCCGUCCAAUGUGCUUCCCUAGUUCCUCCUGAAGAAGACAGCUUUGGUUGUUACGCGUCGCACGACUCGUUGACAAACGCCGGCGGUCGCACCCUCACAAGAGAACCACAUGUCCAUCACAAGCCCUUCUCCAAUACCAUGCUGACAGUGAAGACUCGCCAUGGAGCUCGAAUGCCCAGACGAUGCUCAAACGGAUGCAGCAUCGGCAGGAGGCGACGGCGCACAAAAGAACGGCCUGGCCAAGAUGCCGGCGAGUGAGGAACAGACGAUUGAGGUGUUUCUGAAGGAGUUCGCUCCGUUGACCCACCUGUUGAGCCAGCUGCCUCAGAAUGCGCAGAGGGGCCUCACCAGAGUGGGCGUCAAGCUGACGUGCCUGGACGUCGUAGCCGAGUACAUCGCCAUUGGCUCCAACGUUGGGGUCGUCUUCCUCUACGACCGGACCAAGAACACGGUGACCAGGCUAAGAUGCACAGAAAUGCUGGACGCCAUCACCUCCAUAUCCCUCAUCUCGUCCGUGGACUUCAUGCUGGUCGUGGGUUGCCAGAGUGGCCUCUGCGUCGCCUACCAGAUUCCCAUGGCAGGGAGACAGUCAAAGAUGGAGAAGUACCUAAUCAGGGACAUUCACCACGCGCCCAUCACAUCUGUCUGCUGGAGUCCAAAUGCCAUGAAGUUCUACAGCGGUGACGCAGUAGGGUGUGUCACGUGUACAGAGAUAGACUAUAAUCAGCAUUUGUGUAAGAGCAACAAGGUGCACGUAGAAAACCAUCCGGUGAUCCAGCUCGACUACGUGCCUCAGACCCUGUUGAUCUCAACAACCAAGAGAACCGUAAUCUGCCACUGCGGGAAGGACGGCGUUAGAAUUGUCCAGCUCGGCAGUCACGAGCGAAAGUCGAAUAGUAACUUUGGAGCGUGCUUUGCGCCUCCACAGUCGUACGGUGAACGGCAGGUGACCGUCUGGGCUUGCCGACCGGGUAUGCGGCUUUGGAAGGGCACGCCGAAUGGCGUCGUUUUAGAGACGUUGCUGCUUCGAGACUCGCUGAAGCAAGAAUACUUCCAACCACAGAUGCUGGGCUUGCCAAAGGAGUCGUAUCUGGAGAAGCUCCCGGACUCCCAAUUUGGACUGUUGAAGCCGUACCGGAAGCGCCUGCUGCUGACAUGGAGCUCGGAGACGUUUUUCGUGGUGGACCCCGCCGUGAGGUCCCUGGCGGUCGUGUGCCCCGGCUUUGUAAAUAUCACCGACGUCGCUGUUUGCGGGGAAGAGAUCUUUGUGCUGCAGGCGAAGCGUCACAUUGUCAGGCUCGCCGCACACCCAGAGGACAUAUGGGACCAUCCUGAAGAAGACAACGAAAUGCGGCUUCCUGACAUGACAGCCAUUAAGAACACCAUCGUCACGCCGCUGGCCGAGAUCACGGCGCUCCUCCGCGACACCCGACUUCCUGACCCUCAAGUGCUUCAACUUUUCAAGAACACAAAUGGAAGUGCAGUUCUCGACUGGUUCCGGCAGAAGGCACCCAGACUGCACGAAAGCGACAGCGGUGGCAGUUCUCCCAGCGGCACGGUGCGGCGAGGGAGCACUGCCAGCGGCAACAGUCGCGUCGCCGAAACAGCAUUGGAUGCCGAACAAGUGUCCAGUACCGAAAUGGUGGCCACACAGCCCGGCGAUGCUCUGUCGUCUGUGCAUCGGUCAAGGAGCUUUGAGUCCAUGCAGUUCCCCAAUGAAUCGGAGGAUGAGGAAGACAUAGUGUUUACUGCCAGAAAGCGCAAACCCAAGCAUGGUUCGUCUACAAAUGCAGCACGGAGUAUACCCACGCUGGUUGUGCCAGCAUCUUCUGAUGAACGUCCGUCUCCCGUCCCCACGUAUGACGAGGUCUUUGCGAGCCCCAGCGGUACGUCCCCCUUGGACCAGAGCACGUUAAACAAGGAAAACAAGAAGUCCGAGUGCCCGCCACCGUACAGUGCCUCCGAAAACGAGCUCGUCUCUCACAUUCUCAGUCGUUACGGCCAGCUGAAACAGCGCCAGCGUAGUGGCGAAGCUAGCGCUAGCCAACCCUUAGACAUUCCCGUCAGCAGUUCAUUGGCGCCUAACGACUCUGACAACCUCACUCCUUCCCCGGCUUCGGCAUCGAGCGGAGCUGCCGAAACCAGUCCCGAAGACGGCGCCGGUGCGGAGAAUGGCAGCGGUGCUGGAAACCCAGAGCCCAAGGACUGUCCGGAUUUGGAGCCGGAACUCUCCAUUGAGGACAUUUACAGUAAGAAGAAAGAUGCGACCGAUUCGUACGAGUCGGCGGAGUCGUCUGUGCCUGACGUUGUGUUCCAUGGCAUUGUGGAGCCGCGCUUUCCACGCUACGACUUCCACUGGGCCCAGGUCAAAGGGCCGGGGCCAGUGGUGUCGCUGGCGGCGUGCGACGGCUACCUCUGUUGCGUUGACAGCCGAGACAAUGUGUACUACUCCCGGCUCAUGGGACGCGAGUUCACGUGGCGGAGUGGGUCACGCCCUAUGAACCGGGUGGCCCUGUCUCCAUCAGGCGGUGUCCUGUGGGCGAUUUACAAAGAGAAGUUGUACGCGGCACGUUCGCCCUUGUCCAGCGAACCCCUUGCCAUGGGAUGGGACGAGGUUGCCAUGAAUGUAGUCAGCGUAAGCGUCACCGAGACCACAGCCUGGUACGUGACCGGUUCGGGUUACGUAUUCAUGUGCCCUGACGUGACAGUUCAGGGCAAACCGGUCACUUUCUACGGUGUCGGCUGCUUCGUCAAGGUGCAGCAAGUUGCUUGCUACGACGACGUUGUCUGGGCGCUCACGACACUGGACACGCUCCUCGGGCGUGUCGGAAUCUCGGAAAAGAUGCCUCAAGGCACGGGCUGGACUGAAAUACCCCUGCCAUCCAAAGGAAGCCCCGCCUGCAUUCACCUGGGAUACAACGGCACGGGCUGGCUCAUUGAUAGCGAGGGGAGCGUCUUCUUCAAGACGAACCUCAAGAACAGUUCCCCUGGCGGCUACAACAAGGAAUGGUGGCAGGUGGACCUUAACGAGUUUGUGUACCAGAUGUCGCCAGCUUUGGCCAAGAUGCAGAAGAAUCUCAGUUCUGUGUUCAGCACCGACAAGAUUUCGCACAAGGUCCUCGGCAAGGGCAAGUGGCACCUGGUGGCUGGGAAGCACGGCGUGUGGUUCUGCGAGAGCAUGUCCUCGCAUCUCAACUCCUGUCGACGGGACAUCACAGGCUACUUUUGGGAGAAGGCACAUGUGAAUCUCUUGCACUCGGGGACCAAAUGGACCGACAUUGCCGCCAGUGGAGUCUUCAAGGACGAGGGUGUCGUGUGGGGCCUUCAGACGGGUGGCCAGCUGGCAGCGCUGAUUCCGCGUCUGCGCAAGUGGUACACCGUGGGUUUGCCUCGUGGCACUUCGCUCAGCUGCAUCGCGCCCUCGCCUGAGUCGCUCUGGGCGCUGACGAGUGAUGGUCGCGUGAUGGUGCGCACUGGCGUGAACCCACCGCAGCCGAUGGGCGACACCUGGGUCUCGCUGGACACCUCGCAGCUGGGUGAUGCCCAGCUCACACACAUCAGCUGCAGCUAUGAAACAGUGUGGGCGUGCGACAAUAAGGGAACGGUGUACAUGCGCAUCGGCUCUCUGCGGCCGCCCGCUCCUCGCACGUUGCCACCGGCCUGGGUGCCGAUUGAGUCUGGUUACCAGGAGGAGUCGCCGUUCAUAUCUGCGUCUGCAUCAGAAAACCCGUUUUCGUUGCCCUUUGAGAUUUCAAGGUUUCUGAAGCCUCACCUCACCAAGGUCUACGUCGGUCCUCGAAACUUUAUGGUGUGGGCGCUGGACAGCCGCAAGCAUGUCUACGUUCGCGAGGGCAUCUACCCCGAGCUCCACAUCGGCACCAGCUGGGUGGAGGUUCCGGGGGUCCAGGCGCGCCAGCUCUGUGUGAGCGAAAAGGCCGUCUGGGCGCUGACGCCGUCGGGCGAGAUCUUCCGCCGCUUCAACAUCUCCAACAGCAACUUUGUGGGCGAUUACUGGAAGAGGAUACCAGGCCACGCAGCUUGUCUUGCCGUGUCUGUUGAUGACCGGCUGUGGGCGGUCGCUGCUGAUGGCUCGGCGCUGCAGCUGUCCACCUUUGAGCUGCCAUCGCGCAUCAGUGAAAUGGACACGUUAGGCCUCGCCGCAUCUGCUGAAAAGACCGACGCUGACAUGGACGGAUGGGAGCUCGUCUGAUGUAUUUCACCUAGACUACCGUACUUCUUUUUCGGGCAUUUCCACAACUCCGUCCGUCUUGCACAGACAUAAUCAUUCCGCUCAGUUUUCUUUUGUUUUUACUUUCUUUCUCUUUACACACUUUUCAGAGCUGGCAUUACCAUUAGUGGCAUUAAACACACAAUGCUCUUUAGUCGAUGCUGAUGCUAUAGCGUGUACAAGUGUGAUGAUGUACAGUGGCCGUCAAAUGUUUGCAGGAGCGAGGUUUUGCGAGACUGCCAAAUUUAAUUCCUGGCUUAGCGUGCAGCAGGUAAAAUGCUGGUGCACAUAGUAAAUCUUCAAUUAUAUGUUGCAUGCCUUGGGCUCCGGAAAUAUUCGGGUUCUUCGCGGAUCCUACGCCUCAAGAGCAUUUGACGAGCAACUGCAGUACGUAUUUGCGUUGAAGCAUGUGAACGUAUACGCUUUGCGUAAGCCUUACAACGUUAAUCUGGCACUAUAAGUUGGCUUCUCAUAUGUGGGCCGUGUAUAUAUAUUCUGCAAGAUUCCCACUUGAGGAGCUUUGUCAUGCCUUAAUGCAGGUGUUUAUGAGAAGUAUACGAAUAGGUUAACUGAUCGUGUUUACAAAAGCAUGUUGUUAUGUAGGCCUAAGAGAUGCAUGUUUUACACUUACGUACAUGUCUUUACGUCUGCCCAGCAUUAUGGUUGUUGUGCAUAUUUUUGCGAAUGCUUUUCACAGCUUUACCUAUGUUCCUUGAGCAUUUCCAGGUGGCAUCUUAUAUAUGGCACACUUAUUUAUUUUCUUGUUAAGCACUGGCAUCAGGACAAAGGUGUGGUUGUGGACUUGUAACACCGAAAUGUGUUGUCUUGUUUUUGCUUGCACUGCUUUCAUUGCUGGCUCUUUGAAGUGCACCUUUAUUUGUGCUACGUUUAAACGCAAGAGUUAGGAACAACUCAAGUGAAUUUUGCGUGUUGAAAUGCUAAGUGAAUGUUGAGUACCUAUACAGCUCACCGUUUACGCAAACAUUCGUGUGGAAUGUUCGGAUGAUGAAAUGAUGAAGGCGAUGCAAUAACAUUCGUUGCUGAUUGAAGAAGGCCAGCGAGCUAUUUCACAUCCUUCUUUGCUUUACACCUCAAAGUAUUAAGUUGAAGAAACUUAUGAAUGCAUGCUCAUCAGUGUGUAUUGGGAAUGAAAAUGUUCUCCCUGGUGAAAUAACUUUAUUGAAAACCUUGGCGGGACAAUCUUUUAUAAAGCAAUGUAUUGAUUAAGGAGGCAAAGUAUUCAGUAUACAAAUACUUUAGUGUAGUAACCAUUUUAUAUAAAUCACAAAGAAAAUUAUGCGUCUGUAAGUGUUUGAUACAAAUAAAAGUGUACUGCCUAGUGUAAUAACUUUUAUAAAAAAAUCGU